AUGACUGCAAGCCCUAGAGAUAAGCCUGAGCAAACGAGCUCCUAUGAAGAAUCCGCGGAUGAUAAGGACUGGGACCCUGAUGACUUGAUUGACACGGCGACCUUUGACCAGCUCUUGGAUAUGGAUGACGAGGAUGAUCAUGAAUUUUCAUACGGCAUUGUAGUCAAUUACUUUGAGCAAGCGGAGUCGACGUUCAAGGACAUGGAUACGGCACUUGAAAAGCGAGAUUUGUCAAAGUUGUCAGACUUGGGUCAUUUUCUCAAGGGAAGUUCAGCAGCCAUUGGAUUGAAAAAGGUCAAGGCAACGUGUGAAAAGAUUCAAAAUAUUGGCAACUGCCAAGAUGAGGUCGGGACCAGUGCAUUGGACGAGGGCGAAGCAUUGAAAAUGAUCACCCAAAUCCUACCGCGUGUCAAGGAAGAAUAUUCUGAAGCUGAACAGUACUUGAGAAGCUUUUAUGAAGAACAAGAUACUCGAUAA